AUGCAAGGCUUGUCUGUUACCCAGAUCUUAGGAGCAACCCUUGCGCUAAGCGGCUUUGCGAGCGCAUUGUCACCGCGCACCGAAAUUAACGAUUCUUAUGACUUUGUGAUCGUGGGCGGAGGUCAGGCCGGUCUUGUGCUGGGCGCUCGCCUUUCUGAGGAAUCAAACCACACCGUGCUGGUUCUCGAGUCAGGCGGAAACGGAGACGAGUAUCGAACGCGCAUAGAUACUCCUGCAUACGCAUACUUUGAUUCAUUAUGGACAACUCCGUUGAAUUGGGCAUUUUACACUGUCGCUCAACCUAAUGCAGAUGACCGUGAGAUCUUUUGGCCUCGUGGAAAGGUUCUUGGAGGAAGUUCCGCCAUCAACGGGUUGUACAUGACCCGUCCAGGCAAGGAUGAGAUCGAAGCUUGGAAAGGCAUGCUCGGAGACAUGGAUGGAGCCGACAACUGGUCCUGGGACUCGUUCUACGCUGCUCUGAAAAAGAGCGAGACAUUCACUCCUCCCAGCGAUGCUAUCGCUACACAGGGCGGCAUCACAUGGAACUCAUCAAAUCAUGGCACCAAUGGUCCGAUUCACUCAUCUUAUCCUGACUACACAUUUGAUCAAGUGGGCGAUUGGUCAACAUCUCUGCAGAGCAUUGGAAUUGACAUCUCUGGCAACAUGUAUGGUGGAGACAACUGGGGUGCUGAAGUCUCAACCUCCUGUAUCAAUCCUUCAAACUGGACCCGCUCGUACAGUCGGACCGGAUAUCUUGACCCGCUUCCCGAUCGGACCAACUAUGAUGUGUUGGCUAAUGCCCAUGUCACUCGGCUGAUUUUCGAUAACUCGACCGCUUCCACCAACCUGACGGCUAGCGGCGUUGAGUACACAUCUAACAACGGAACGACCAAGUCCACAGUAAAGGUUAAAAAAGAAGUUAUUCUCGCCGGUGGAAGUAUCGGUAGCCCGGCUGUUCUGCUUUACAGCGGUGUGGGCCCCAAGGAUGUGCUUUCUGACGCUGGUGUUGAUCUUGUCUCUGAACUCCCGGGCGUUGGUCAGCACCUUCAGGAUCACUUUAGCGCUACUGUGAAAUGGAGCACCAAUGUGGACACUGCAGGGUCUAUAUGGUAUGAUGAUGGUGCUGACAAGAACAACUCCAAAUAUCUCACGUAUAUCGACGAUGCUGUCGCCUAUGUGAACGCUACUGCGCUCUAUGGUAGCAAGGUUGACGAGUACGAGAAAAAAUUCCUUGGUCAGAUCGACCAGUACUCGCCGAACACAACAUAUGAUGACGGAGUUAUCGCCGGCUACAAGGCAAUUUGCAACACGACGGCGUCCAAGAUCUUUACCAGUCCUAUUGGACAAAUUGAGCUUUUGUUUAUGAACAGUGACGCAAAUGGCGAUGUCGGUAUUACUGCUGCACUUCAGCACCCGUUCAGUCAUGGUCGAAUCUACAUCAACUCCUCAAACCCGAUGGACUACCCCGUAAUCGACCCCAAUUAUUUCGCCAACCCAGCUGAUUACGAGAUCCUCCUCGAGGGAAUCAAGAUGGCCCGCUUACUAGGCCAAACCAGCCCAAUGAGCAACAAUCUCACAAACGAGACCUCGCCGGGUUCAUCGGUCCAGACCGACGACGAAUGGAUCCAGUGGCUGCGUGAAGAAUCAAGCACUGAGUUCCACCCGUCUUCAUCCUGCGCAAUGCUGCCCAAAGACCAAGGUGGUGUGGUGGACGCUAACCUUCGCGUCUACGGUCUUGCAAACGUGCGUGUUGCAGACGCCAGUAUCAUCCCUAUCGCCCUGUCGACUCAUCUGAUGUCCUCAACCUACGGUGUCGCCGAGCAAGCGAGCAAAAUCAUUCUCGAGUAUUAUAAUCCAUCGACGUCGACUGUUCCCGCUUUCAGCGCGUCGAAUAUCACAUCUGCCACUGCAGCUACUUCGACGAAGAAGGGCAGUGACAAGAAAAAUGACAGCAUUAAGGGUAUCGGAAGGGCAUUUUCGCACAUGUGGAUCUCUUUUGCGCUCGUGUCUUUACAUGUUGGAGUAGUCUUCAACGUUCUUCUCUAG